AAAAAUAUAUUUGCAUUCGCAUAGGUAUCCAAAAGAAGAAAAGAAAAUACAAAAUCUUUCACUACACUACACUCGCUCCCAAGAAAAAAACGAUCUUAAAAAUGCUCAUAAACAACUAAUAAUUAAUCAAACAAUUUACUCUCAUCGCCAAAUAGACAACCAAUCAUUUAAUUUAAGUGUAAAUCAUAAGACUUCAAUUAAGAAAAUUAAAAUAAUUUGCUCAAAUGGAAAAUCAUAAAUUCUGCAAAAGUUCUACUUCUAAUAACCCUUUCGCAUCGAAAUCAAAAUCGAAUUCAAAGAAUCGAAAUUCUUAUCAAAAUCCAAUUUGAUAAAAAGGUAAAAAUUGAUAAGCUCCCACGAAAAAUUUUACUUCAAUAAAACCAAAUUAAAGGUAAACACAAUUUGGAAACUAAAACAAAAUAAAAAAAAAUUGAGGAAAUAACAAAAAACUAGAAGCAGCAAAAUGUAUUUGCGAGAUUUGGACGAAAUGAGUGACUCAGAGACUGAACUAUUAUUACACCCAUCGGCUUCUGGCGGCGGUGGCGGCGGGGGUGACAGUGGCAGUGGAGCAAGAGAUGGCAACGGUUAUCGAAUGGCAAGUGAAAUCAACAAACGUAUGGACGGUGGCGGCUAUGGCUAUGGCAGCGGCAAUACCAUCAGUAGACUUUUUGGUUUCGGUGGUCGCAGUGGCAGUGGCAGUGGCAACAACACAAGCAGACAAACCGGACAGGUUCGUCUCAGAAAUGAUAGAAGUAGAGAACGUGUCACACUUGUACCAUUGCCAGCGAAGACAACAGCAGCAGCAACGACGACGUCAGUUUCGGAAUAUCACGUAAACUACUCCUCCACCAGUGUUAGUGGCAAUAAUAAUGCUACAUCUGGUGGCGGUGGAGGAGUAGGAGCGAGUAGUGUAACUCCAUCACAUCAUCAUCAUCAACAAACACCAAAUACGGUUUUUUAUCAUCGCAAUCGUCGGCGAAAAUCAUCGUCAACAUCCAGAAACCUGGCCAGUUAUUGUCGAACUAUUUUUUGCGGCUGUUGGGGUCGUGCGUGGCGAAAAUGGUUUUCAGCCCGUGAACUUCGUGCCCGAACAGUGCAUUUGGGACGUCCGACAAGCGAUAAAUUCCCACCAAAUGAAAUUCGCAAUCAAAAAUACAAUUUCCUAACGUUUCUGCCGUUGGUACUCUUCGAGCAGUUUCGUUUCUUUUUGAAUUUGUAUUUUCUUUUAAUGGCAUUGAGUCAGUUCAUUCCGGACAUACGUAUAGGUUAUCCCUACACCUAUUGGGGUCCUCUAUGUUUUGUUUUGAUGGUGACAAUUUGUCGUGAAGCUGUCGACGAUGUGCGUCGACAUCAACGAGACCACGAAGUCAAUUCACAGAAAUAUAAACGUUUGGUUUUACUGGGUGAACAUGGCUAUGAGAUGGUGUCAUCAUCGAAGCUAAAAGUUGGUGAUGUUAUUAUUGUGGAGAAGAACGAACGGGUGCCGGCCGAUUUGAUUUUAUUGCGAACAAGUGACAAGAGCGGGUCGGUUUUUGUACGAACUGAUCAACUUGAUGGCGAAACUGAUUGGAAACUACGCCUUGCUGUGCCUCUGACACAGAAGCUCAACAAAGACUCAGACCUGUUCAGUAUUGAUGCAAAUGUCUUCAUAGAAAAGCCUCAGAAGGAUAUACAUUCAUUUAUUGGCACUUUUGCUAUGAACCAUGGGUGUGAGGAAAGUAGUUUAAAUGUGGAAAACACUCUGUGGGCGAAUACAGUCGUAGCUGCUGGGACAGCAACAGGAAUCGUAAUAUACACGGGCUGUGAGACUCGUAGUGUAAUGAACAAUUCCAAACCACGUUCAAAAGUUGGACUCCUCGAUACAGAAAUCAAUGGACUCACAAAGGUUCUCUUUUGUGCUGUUAUUGGUCUCUCAUUGGUGAUGAUGAUUUUAAAGGGGUUCAAUGGUCCAUGGUAUCGCUAUAUGUUCCGUUUUGUUUUGCUCUUCUCCUACAUCAUUCCCAUAAGUUUGAGAGUGAAUUUGGAUAUGGGUAAAGCUUUCUAUUCAUGGCAAAUGCAAAACGAUCCAGAAAUCCCCGGAACCGUAGCCAGAUCGACGACAAUUCCAGAGGAGCUUGGUCGUAUUUCGUAUGUCCUCACUGACAAAACCGGAACACUGACACAAAACGAAAUGGUCUUCAAGAAAAUCCAUUUGGGUAUUGUGUCGCAUGAUAGUGACACUUUUCAUCAUAUUGGAACAAUUAUACAAAGCCUUUCGUCGUUGAUACACAACGGACCAGAUGUUACGGUACCAGCGAAGCCGUUAAAGUUUGCCGGCAGUCGAAUGAGACGUCCGGAGGGUUGGCGAGAGUGGGAAGCGGUCAAGGCGUUGGCUUUGUGUCACAAUGUUACCCCAGUUACUGAUGACGAUACAGGAAGCAUUAGCAGUGUCAACAGCAAGGGCAGUUCCCCGACGAAAUCUGUUAUCAAUAUGGAAGACAAAGCAUCACCUGAAGAGAUUACUUAUCAGGCUUCAAGUCCCGAUGAGAUUGCUUUGGUCAAAUGGACGGAACAGGUUGGACUGACACUUAUCGCACGAGAUGUAAAUUCCAUGACCCUGCAACUGAAGGCACCCAAAUCGAUGGAGAAGAACCCCUUGUAUCUGCGCCGAGACGAACAAUCCUCGUCGCCUUCGACCAGCAGUGCAAGUACUGCGUCACUUAGCUCGAUGACAACAGGGGCUAAUAGCAAAGAGGGCUUGUUGCAUUUCCAGAUUCUGCAGAUCUUUCCAUUCACCAGCGAGUCCAAGCGCAUGGGAAUCAUUGUGAAGGACAGUAAUUCGGGGGAAAUCACAUUCUAUUUGAAGGGAGCCGAUGUGGUUAUGGCAUCGAUUGUUCAGUACAACGAUUGGUUGAAUGAAGAAUCCGGCAAUAUGGCCAGGGAGGGUUUGAGGACUUUGGUUGUAGCUAAGAAGGUUCUCACCGAGGAGCAGUACAAUGAUUUUGAAACACGAUAUAACGCUGCUCGUCUAAGUGUAUCGGAUCGUGUGGCCAAGGUGGCAGCUGUGAUUGAGUCGCUCGAGCGAGAGCUUGAACUUAUCUGUUUGACAGGUGUUGAAGAUCGUCUGCAAGAAGGUGUACGGCCAACUUUAGAGCUUCUACGGAAUGCCGGUGUUCGUGUUUGGAUGUUGACAGGAGAUAAAUUGGAAACCGCUUGCUGCAUUGCAAAGAGUUCCCAGCUAAUCGGUCGGAAUCAAGGAUUACAUGUGCUUAAAAGUGUCAAGACUCGCACAGACGCCCACACGGAACUGAAUCAGUUCCGUCGCAAACAGGGAUGUGCCCUGGUGGUGUCGGGCGAGAGUUUGGAAGUGUGUCUUCAGUACUAUCGGCCUGAAUUCAUGGAACUUGCUACCGCUUGCCCAGCUGUUGUUUGUUGCCGAUGCAGCCCCACACAAAAGGCCCAGGUAGUGUCUCUGAUUCAGGAUCAUACAGGAAAACGCACUUGCGCUGUCGGUGACGGGGGUAACGACGUCAGUAUGAUUCAGCAAGCCGACGCGGGAGUGGGUAUCGAAGGUCGUGAAGGACGACAGGCUUCUCUUGCCGGAGACUUUAGUAUACCACAGUUCUCCUUUAUCGCUAAAUUAUUGCUGGUGCAUGGCAGAAGAUCCUACAAACGAUCCGCCGCACUCUCACAGUUUGUCAUCCAUCGUGGACUGAUCAUAACAACCCUACAAGCUGUAUUCUCGGCGGUAUUCUAUCUAAGUUCUGUGGCUCUUUAUCAAGGUUUCCUUAUGGUUGGCUAUUCAACAUUGUACACAAUGUUUCCAGUGUUCUCAUUGGUGUUGGAUCAAGAUAUAACCUCAAUAACAGCGACAACUUAUCCGGAGCUAUAUAAAGAUCUAUCGAAGGGCAGAAGUUUAAGUUAUAAAACGUUUUUCAUAUGGAUUCUAAUAAGUAUCUAUCAGGGCGGAGUGAUUAUGUAUGGAGCGUUGAUAUUGUUCGAAGAUGAAUUUAUCCAUAUUGUAGCGAUUAGUUUUUCGGCAUUGAUUCUAACAGAGCUGAUUAUGGUUGCGUUGACAAUACGCACAUGGCAUCGAUUAAUGGUUCUUGCAGAGUUGUUCAGCUUGACACUCUAUCUGCUAUCUCUGGCUGUGCUCCAUGAAUAUUUUGAUUGGGAGUUCAUUUGGUCGUACGAUUUCCUUUGGAAGGUUUCCAUCAUCACUCUUAUUUCAUGCCUACCACUUUAUAUCAUUAAAUUCCUGCGAAAGAAAUGCUCGCCACCAUCUUAUCUGAAGCUCUCAUAAAUAUAACAACAAAAAAUUAAUUAAAACAAAAAUUAAAUAGAAAACAAAACUGAAUAUUCUAAAUUAAGCUGACAUCUCUACCUUCAAUUAUUUCCCAACAAAACAAAAAGAAAGAAGAAAAUUACGGGAAUUUAAGUUGUUGUGUUUUUAUUUCAAUUUUAAUUUUAUUUUACUUUUUCGAUUCUAAUUUAUUUCCAAUUUUUUACAA